CGGAGGGGGACGAGGCUCGAGCGGCUCAAGCUGGCGUCCGCCUCGCUCAAUCGGGGAGCAGAUGAAAGCGCCACUCCUCCACUCGACCUCCACCUUUCGAACCUUCUGCGCGGCAGGUGCCGUUGCGGCGCGGCCGCGGCGGCAGCCGAGGUCGCCAUGGCGGUCUCGGCGGCCGCCGCUGCGGCCGCGGCGGCAGCCGCCGCCGAGCGGAGGGUGCGAAGCGAGGUGGAGGUCGAGGGUCCCCGGAGCGCCAUGGCCGCGACGGAGGAGACCCUUGCGGCCAGCCGCCGCCCCGCGCGCGCGCCACCCCGCCUUGGCGGCGGCGUGCCUCGUGGCCGCUGCGACCGGGCGCGCCGCCUUCCUGCGGCUGCCGGCCGCGCCGCUGAGGCCCUGCCGCCGGGCCAUGGCCGCCGGGGCCGCGGCGCUGCUCGCGGGCGAGCUGCUUGCCGGCUGCGGGGGGGCCUGCGUGGCCGCCGCUGCGGUGCAGCUGGAGAUGCCCGGGGGUAGCAAUGAUUGUCCCGACUGCACGAUCAGCGGUGCGCCUGGGCUGGCCAGCGUAGGUGCGGGCCCAGAGGCGGAGCGAGGCUGGGGCGACCGCGUCUCGCGCCUCGUGUCGCAGAACCGCGUCAUGGUGUUCUCGAAGUCGUGGUGCCCUUACUGCGCCAGGGCCAAGGGCGCGCUUGCGGAGGAGUCGUGGGCGGAAAACAGAUCCGUAUCCACGGUCUCCUGGGCGGGGCCCCCAGUCCGCGACCCCGAGCGUUUUGUCGCAGAUCCCCCGCGGGGUACGUAUCCAUGCGACCGCGUAUCCACGGGAUCGCGCCCAGGAAUUUGGACCGCGAGGGCGUGGACAUGGGUACGUUCGCCGGUCGUGAAGGAAGGCGUGCAGUUCGAGGCGCUCGAGCUGGACAGGCUGCCCCCCGGGGAGAUGGCCGCCGCGCAGCGAGCCCUCGCGCAGCUGACCGGGGCCAGCACGGUGCCCCGGGUCUUCGUGGGCGGCAGGUGUAUCGGCGGCGGCGAUGACACCGUGCGCAUGCAGAAGUCGGGCGAGCUUGCCCGCUUGCUCGACGAGGUGCGCCAGCGCGCGCGCGGGAGCACAGUGGACGGCACCGUGCGCGCCAAGGCUGCGGCGUGAUCCUCGGCGCGUCUGCGGCGCCACUCUCAGCGGGAGUGCGGCGGCCUCGUGGGCCGAAGUGCCCGCCCUCCUCCCCGGAGUCUCCGUCUGGGCCCUCGCGCGCAGUCCUGGACAGUCUGCGCAGGCGCGCAGGCACGGGCAGAGUGCGGACAA